AUCACACCUACCUUUUUUCAAUAAUUCAACGUUGCUUCUUCUCGUUCGCUCACCUGUUCUCUGUGGCCGUCGUAGAGCAGAAAUUUAUAAAUACCCAAAGGAAGAGCAGCAGGCCGAGAAAAAAGUUAAAAAGCAAUAGAAAUGGCUAAUCAAAUUCCCAGCAUUCCUGAUCUCUUCACUUCUUACAAGAUGGGCAACUUCAAUCUUUCUCACAGAAUUGUAUUGGCUCCAUUAACAAGACAAAGAUCCUACAACAAUGUUCCUCAACAACAUGCUAUCUUAUAUUACUCCCAGAGAACAACCAAUGGGGGUUUCUUAAUAGCCGAGGCCACUGGAGUUUCUGACACUGCCCAAGGCUAUCCUGAUACACCUGGGAUAUGGACAAAGGAACAAGUGGAGGCAUGGAAACCAAUUGUGGAUGCUGUUCAUAGCAAAGGUGGAAUAUUCUUUUGUCAGAUAUGGCAUGUAGGCAGGGUUUCAAAUUCAGAUUUUCAACCAAAUGGACAAGCUCCAAUCUCAUCAUCAGAUAAGCUAUUGUUACCGCAAGUUCGGGCUAAUGGAAUUGAUGUUGCACAAUUUACCCCUCCAAGACGUCUAAGAACGGAUGAAAUCCCUCAAAUUGUCAACCAUUUUAGGCUUGCAGCUAGGAAUGCCAUUGAAGCUGGUUUUGAUGGAGUUGAAAUCCAUGGAGCUCAUGGUUACCUUAUUGAUCAGUUCUUGAAAGAUCAAGUGAACGAUCGAACAGACCAAUAUGGAGGGUCUCUCAAAAACCGUUGUAGAUUUGCUUUAGAAGUAGUUGAAGCUGUUGUAAACGAGAUUGGUGGAGACAGAGUCGGGAUAAGACUAUCGCCGUUUGCAGAUUUCAUGGAGGCAGGAGAUUCAAAUCCGAAAGCUUUGGGAAUGUACAUGGCGGAGAGUUUGAACAAAUAUGGAAUUUUGUACUGCCACAUGGUGGAGCCACGGAUGAAAACUGUUCUGGAGAAAGUUGAGUGUCCUCAUAGCCUAUUACCAAUGAGAAAGGCAUUCAAGGGAACAUUCAUAGCUGCUGGGGGGUAUGAUAAGGGAGAUGGAAACAGAGCCAUUGCUGAGAAUAGAGCAGAUCUUAUUGCUUAUGGACGUUGGUUUUUGGCAAAUCCAGACUUGCCAAGGAGAUUCGAGAUAGAUGCUCCUCUCAACCAAUACAAUAGAGAUACUUUUUACGUAUCAGAUCCAGUGGUUGGUUACACGGAUUAUCCUUUUUUGGACAAGUAGCUUUAUGAAAUAUUUAGUUGGUCACAUGUACUUGGGUUCAAGUUUCCAUUCCAUUGUAUAAUGUAAUGGUAUAGAUUAUACAAGUCUCUGUUUUCUUUCGUUCCACUGGGUUGAAUGGUUGAAGCAACAUAUAAAUUUUAUGAUUAUAUCAAUUUAAACCAUAGCUUAAAUUGUAAA